AGGAAACUGCUAGCUCUUACCUAUUUUAACAUUUGUUAUACAUUGAUUUGUUCCGUAAGAGGAGAAUGUUUGCUUGACUAUGUGCACUAUCAUCUUAUGUCAACGGAAAGUCAUAAUAGAUAUAUUAAAGUGACCAAAUAAAUAUGUCAUCAGAGGAAGAAAAUGACGAAUUGACAAACCUGGAGGACAUUCGAGACAAGAUCCUUAGUCAAUCACAUAGUGAACGCAUGCAAGUGAGUGCUUGGGAAGAUGACGAUGACGGCGUAGAAGCGGAACGUAAUGCAAGAGAGCCUGAUGCAAAAGCUGUUUUAAAUGCUGCCGAAGAGGGAGAUUUAGAAAAAAUCAAAGAACUACUCAGCAAAAAUCAAUUUUUGUUAGAAUCUACAGACAAAGAUGGCUAUACUCCACUUCACAGAGCUUGUUAUGGCAAUCAUGUAAAAGUGGUAGAAUAUUUACUGGAAAUAGGAGCAAGAUUAGAUGCUAAAACAUUAGAUGAAUGGCAGCCUUUGCAUUCUGCAUGUUGUUGGAAUAAUACUGAAUGUGCAGACAUUUUGAUAGCAAAUGGAGCAGAUAUAAAUGCUAAAAGUAAAGGAGAUCAAACACCUUUGCAUUUGGUUUCCGCUAGUUCUCAUAAUUCUCCAGCUCUUCAGCUUCUUCUGAUGCAUCCUGAUACAAAUCCACAUAUAGUAAACUCAAGUGGAGAUACAGCAGAUAAGAUCGCAAGAAGAACAACGAAAUAUUAUCCAAUGUAUGAGAUAAUUGAGCCCUGCCUAAAUGAAAUUUGAACUAAAUAUUCUUGUAGUGUAUAAAAAUAAAUUACCAG